AGGUCUUGGGUACGUGAGGCGCUCUGCCAGGACCUAUGCGCCUCCAAUCGAUAAAGAGACAGAUAAAUCGCAACUGGCCCCUUGCUCCAAUUGCUCUUCCCAAAAAUUCCAGGUGGUCAUCUUGCCAAGCGUACCUAGGUACGAUUGAAGAUAGCAACGCUGCCAUUCUCUUCAUUGCCAUUGCUACUGUUGUCGAGUGACCUUCAGUCCAAUUGAAAAUCUGGGGUUCAUGAACUGGCACUCGGUCAACCCCCUCCCCUUAUGAGGCUUCCCCAAAUCGCCAAGAUGGCCGCCGACAAGGUUCUCGAGGGCGUUUUCGCCAUAAACAAGCCCUUCGGUAUGAGCUCCGCCCAAGUCAUCCGCGACUGCCAGACCUACUUCAACCCGUCCCGCCUGUUCGCACCCCUCAUCGCACAAGAGGCCGCCAUGCGUGAGAAGGAGUCCCGGUUUCAGAAACGGCGGCGGGGCAAGGCAAAGCAGGAAAUUCGAGUCAAGAUGGGCCACGGUGGCACCCUCGACCCCCUAGCCACAGGCGUGCUGAUCCUCGGCGUCGGCAAGGGCACCAAGUCGCUCCAGAACUUCCUCACCUGCACUAAGACGUACGAGACCGUCGUUCUUUUUGGGGCCAGCACUGACACCUACGACCGCACGGGCCGCAUCAUCAAGAGGGGAAAGUACGACGAGGUCACGCGACAGGCUGCUGAGAAGGCGCUCGAGGGCUUCCGCGGCAAGAUCAAGCAGAUGCCCCCGCUCUACUCAGCCCUCAAGAUGGAAGGUAAGCCCCUGUACGAAUACGCGCGCGAGGGCAAGCCAAUCCCCCGCGAGAUCGAGACGAGAGAAGUCGAAGUCACCGAGCUCGAGCUGGUGGAAUGGUACGAGCCCGGCACGCACAACCACCGCUGGCCGACCGAGGAGGCCGAGCAGGCCGAGAAGAACCUGGUCGACUCUGUGUGGCGCGUCGCGAAGCGGCAGGCCGAAUACGACGAGGGGCUGACCAAGCUCACGCCGGAGCAGCAAGAGGAGGAGAUCAAGGCGUUGGCCGAGUACAACAGCAAGAAGCGCGAGGCCGAGGAACGCGUCGACAACCUCGUCAGCGAUGAGCAGCCGGCGGCCAAGCGGAAGAAGACGAACCAAGGGCGGGCAGAGCCCAUGAUGUCGGGCGCGCUGGGAACGCUGCCCCCGAAGGGCAAGGGGUCGAACCUGGUUCCUCCACCGCCCGCGCCCAACACGCCACCUCCGUGGGAGGGCAAGGGCCCGCCGGCGGCCAAGAUCAGGAUGACGGUCACGUCGGGGUUUUACGUGCGCAGUCUGUGCCACGAUUUGGGGGAGAAGCUGGGCUGUGGCGCCAUGAUGGCCGAGCUGAGCCGGACGCGGCAGGGGCAAUUUGUCCUGGGUGGCGCGAACUGCAUGGAAUAUGACGAGCUCCUCAAGGGAGAGGACGUCUGGGGGCCGAAGGUCCGUCACAUCUUGGAGCUCUGGAACAACCCGCAUGCUAAGCCGGAGCCCAUGGAGAACGGGUCGAGCGCGCCCCCGGUGGGCGAAGAGAGCAAGUCUGCCAAUGACGGCAAGGCCGCCCAAGAGAAGAAGUCUGCUAAGGAGAGCCAGACUACUGACGACGCCAAAACCGCCUCUGAGUCGGAGACAGCCAACGCAGCUGAGCAGGCAAAUGUGGGAGAGCAGGAAACUGCGACAGGGGCUUAGGUAAUGGUAUUUGGCAGGCCAGUUCUCGUCACUUCCGUGUGAAGCAUGGGAAUACCCCUCCUCGACUUUAUCAACUGGCCGGUAAGGUCGCCAUUCAUGGCAGGGAGCGGGCAGAGCCCUGUUCUACGAAGCGGCACUCGACUAUCUAACAGCGAUCGCAUUGAAUCAAGAUAGCGUUGCCUAAUAGAAACAGUCAUUUCGAC